GGCACGCAUGGAAUCAGGGAACAAGGAACGAGAAGAAGCAAACAGGGAGGAGGAGGAGGAGGAGGAGGAGGAGGAGGAGGAGGAGGAGGAGGAGGAGGAGGAGGAGGAGGAGGAGGAGGAGGAGGAGGAGGAGGAGGAGGAGGAGGAGGGAGGAGGAGGAGGAGGAGGAGGAGGAGGAGGAGGAGGAGGAGGAGGAGGAGGAGGAGGAGGAGGAGGAGGAGGAGGAGGAGGAGGAGGAGGAGGAGAGGAGGAGGAGGAGGAGGAGGAGGAGGAGGAGGGAGGAGGAGGAGGAGGAGGAGGAGGAGGAGGAGGAGGAGGAGGAGGAGGAGGAGGAGGCGAAGGAGGAAGAGGAGGAGGCGGAGGAGGAAGAGGAGGAGGAAGAGGAGAGAGAAGUGGGGCAGCAAGGAGGACUUACCGUCAUAUCCAAGGAAGUUGAGAUAGUGGUAGUAGGAGAACGCGA